CUCCUCUAUCCUCUCCCCAACAGUUAACUACAAGUACGUCAAAAUCUUCUCUGACAAAAUGGUUCCUCAAAACCCAGCGCACCAACCUCCUCGGCGAACGCUACCACCGCAACCCCAAUCGCACUCGCAACCUCGACCACAAGCGCUGCCAGGUAGACGUAUGAACCCUGUCCUAUGCAUCAUCGUCGCCCUCGUCCUCUUGGGACUCCUUGUGGGUCUCGCUAUAUUGAUCACAUACCUCACCCUAAGGCCAAAGCGACUCAUCUACACAGUAGAAGCCGCGUCGGUCCAAGAAUUUGCUAUAGGCAACAAAGACGAUCACAUUAACGCCAAAUUCAGCUAUGUGAUCAAAUCAUACAACCCGGAGAAACAUGUCUCCGUAAGGUACCACUCCAUGCGUAUCUCAACGGCUCACCAUAACCAGUCCGUUGCUCACAGAGAGAUUUCUCCUUUCAAGCAACGUUCUAAGAACGAGACGAGGAUCGAGACGCAGCUCGUGUCGCAUAACGUGGCACUGUCUAAGUUCAAUGCCAAGGACUUGAGGGCUGAAAAAACGAAAGGUAUCAUCGAAAUGGAAGUGUAUAUAACGGCUAAAGUGAGCUACAAGACGUGGAUUUUCAGGUCGAGGAGACGUACGUUGAAGGCUGUGUGUACGCCGAUCAUGAUCAACGUUACGGCGAGCUCGUUGGAUGGAUUCCAGAGAGUGUUAUGCCGAACUCGUCUUUAGUUUCAACUAUUAUCACCUUGCAUUGGUUCCAUUUGUGUGCAAAUUUGCUAUGUGCCCUUGAUUGAUUAAUUAAUGAUUGUGUGUGUUUUUCUUUGGUUUUGUUCUUGUCUGUCACUCAUUCUAUUUGUUUCUUUUCAUAUAUAUUUUUUUCUGGGUUAUAAAUUGCUUUACAUUUUUAUUGCUCCAUAAGUACUUUAUUCAAUUUGUUGAUAUAUGGAUUUUUUUUUUAAU